GGAAGGAGGUUGUAUGGACGGAUCACAUUAGUAUUCCUGUCCUAUCAAUGUGCGGGGCCGCGACCAACGUCAGCCAGACCGAUUCCCUGCGUCUGCCAGUCCCGCCACGGAUUCAUUUGGGAUCCUUUAACAGAAAAGCGCAUAAGGACUAGGGAUCAAGACAGCCUAUUAGGGCCAAUUGCCUGCUGCGGGGACGGCCACCCCUUUCAGGCUUGGUGACCGUGGAGGGAGGGGAAGACGAACUGAGCAUCGCUGCGGGAAGACACUGAAGCAAGAGCGACACCCGGUCCCGCCCCCCACCUUGCAGCGCAGGCUUUGAAAGCUGCUCCCCCAUCUGAAUGGAAACUCGGAACCGCCGGGCAGCGCGUUCCUUCUCGCUCAGCCUUGCAAUCCAUGCGGAGAGGAAAGCGGUACGAGCCCGCGCCAGCGCCCAGCUCCCGGGACAGGGCCGGCAAUGCUGCUGAGCAGAACUUGAUCGCGCUCCUUCCUCGCUGCUAGUGGAAGCGAUGCUGCACGGCACAGCCAGCGCUUCCCCGGCUCUCCUUCAGGCUGAAGGUUACCCACCCGCGCAGCCAGCCCCAACCUUGUGAGCCGCGCGCCUCGGGUCCCGGCUCCGGCUGCUUGGCGGCGGCGUGCAGGGCAACCACCGGGCCGCCCGCGCCGGGGCGCACUGCACCAGCGGCUUCGGCUUGGUGGAUGUGUAUGCAUGAGUUCUGCACCGAAUGGGCGCAAAAAGCGCCCCAGCCGGUCCACCCGCUCCUCGAUCUUCCAGAUCAGCAAGCCCCCGCUGCAGAGCGGGGAUUGGGAGCGCAGGGGCAGCGGCUCCGAAGGCGCCCACAAAACCCAACGAACCCUGGACGACUGCAAGAUGCUUGUCCAAGAGUUCAACACGCAAGUGGCCCUGUACCGAGAGUUGGUCAUUUCUAUUGGGGAUGUCUCGGUCAGCUGCCCCUCACUCCGGGCGGAAAUGCACAAGACAAGAACCAAAGGUUGUGAAAUGGCCCGUCAGGCACACCAAAAACUGGCUGCCAUCUCAGGCCCAGAAGAUGGUGAGAUCCAUCCAGAAAUCUGUCGCCUUUACAUCCAGCUGCAGUGCUGCUUAGAAAUGUACACAACAGAGAUGCUAAAAUCCAUUUGUCUGCUGGGGUCUCUUCAGUUUCAUCGCAAAGGAAAAGAAGCUGGUGGGGGAGUAAAGAGUUUGGAUUGCAAGAUAGAAGAGAGCGCUGAAACACCUGCCCUGGAGGACUCCUCCUCAUCCCCCAUAGAGAGUCAGCAGCACUCCUGGCAGGUUUCCACAGACAUUGAGAACACUGAACGAGACAUGCGAGAAAUGAAAAACCUUUUAAGCAAACUCAGGGAAACUAUGCCUUUACCAUUGAAAAAUCAAGAUGACAGCAGCCUUCUGAAUCUAACUCCCUACCCCUUGGUGAGAAGACGGAAGAGAAGAUUCUUUGGGCUAUGUUGUCUCGUCUCAAGCUAGGCAGAUCCUCCUGGCAACCCACCACUAGAAACACCUGAGAAAACAUCCCAAAACCUGAGGACCUCCACCCAGCUGAACCACACAGUGAUUGGUAUUUGACUAUGUUUUCUAUGCUCCCUUAUUUUAUCUGCCUCUCCCUACCCUUUUAAAUGAUUUUACACUUGAAAGCAGCUGCCAUAAAGAAAAAAGAAGAGAUUCAAAAAGCAGGCUGUUUUUAAAAGGAUUUUUAAAGCUGACACUGUACAUGUUUGCCCCAAACCAUGCCAUGACAGAUGCAAGAAUUAUGAUUUUUAAAUUAUUUAAGGGUUUUUUAAAUGUAUUAUACAGAGAAAAAUUAUUUCACAUAUAAUAGUAUAUCCAUAGCUCUUGCUGAUCUCAUGAUAACAAUUUGUCAUAUAUGAAAGAAGUCUUUAAACAUAGAAAUCUAUUUAAAACUGCAAAUUGUGUUCAAAAAUCGAAUAACCAAUAUCAUUAGAAAUAUUAUAAUCAAACAUGUAUCACCUCACCUAUUGCUCUCUCUGCACUCAUUUACAUUUAGUCUUCCAGUCUGUCAGAAUCUAAAGGCUUCAACAAAAAAAUCUUAAUUUAUAAUGCAACAAAGACCAUAUGUGAAAAAUGCUUACAUUUUGUAAAUACACAAUAAUCCUAUUACCUUCGUACAAUGCAUAUGGGCAACUAUUCCCUUUUGAUCCAAUGGUGUCUUUUCAGCUUCUUGGAGAAUGAAGUUACCCAGUUAGGAAAUGGUGUAGUAACAUAUACAAUUACCCUCAGAUGUAAAAUUGAAUAUUAUCACAUUUUGUUCUAAUCAAAAUCUGAAGCAUGAUGUCUGCACAUCAGCAUAGUGUUAAAUCUUAUAGGGCAUGCUGGAAUUAGCUCAGAUCGUAAAAAUAUUUAACAUUUUACAUUAUAAUAAAACUAUUUUAGUUAUGCUAAGCUUGUCUCAUUUUAGAUGACUAUGCACAUAUGACUUCUCUAAUGUGUACUUGGUGUCUUGUCUUAUGCUUAGACUCUUGAAAGCUGGACACAUUAAGCAAUACUGUACUUAAGAAAGGAGGAAACCACAUGCUUUGUUUUUCUGCUCACGGCUUUGUUGUGGUCCUCCUCUAUUAAACUUGUGGCAAGGUACAAAUUUUGUUACAUUUUCCCCUGUUCUUACCAUUUUCCAGAAAGAAUUUCCCAUGGGUUGACAAAUCAAGUCUUUGCACUUCUUUUCUUGUUUUACAUAGUCUGAAAAAUCUUCAAGUCAGAGAGGAGUCACCAGUGUCCAGUAUAGUAGAAAGCUGAGCUAGAGGUCUAUAAGUGGUUUAUUCAAGGCAUGUCUUUAAUCCCAACGCUGCAGAGGCAUUUAUAUGUACACUAAUGUCUUGACCUAAAAACUAAAUAUAUGAAAGCCUUUAGCUUUAGGGAAGAUGAAGAGAGUGAAUAUUUGUUGCGUUAGGUUGAAUUAUAUGAAAUUGCUGGUUUUGACUGUUUCGACCUACAAAAAUGGUGGUUUCAUAUAGUUCAACCUAAUAUUUGGUGUGGAAAUUAUACACUACUCGGAGUUGUCUUCUAGCUUUUGAAAAUGAAAGAAUUAAAGGGUUGGUAGAGCUCACAAAGAUGAAGACAAGUCUCCAUUUUGAUUACACCAGCUGCUUAGUGGCCUUAUCCAUGGCGUCCAGAGUUAGUUCCAAUGAACCAGUAAUUAACACACGGUUAUAGGUGUGCAUACUACAAAAUAAGUACAUUUGACAAGUUAUAUGAGACAAAUGACAUUUUUAAAAUCAAAUACCUGCAAAACAGUUGUGGAUAUAUGUUAUUUAAAAACUCUACUCCCUUCCAAAGCAUGAAACCACUUCUAGACUCACCUACCCUACCAGCCUUGAUUUCCAUAAAUCAAACUUGAUUAUAGCUUAAUAUUCUUUCCUGAAUUUGGUUCAUUUUCAUCCCCUGAGGUUAUUUCAUUUAUAGGUCACUUUCAAAAUUAUGAAAUAACCCAAAUUGGCAUGCCCUCUGCUCCCAUCUCUGCCUUCUCCCACUCUUCCACUGUGUGAUGAAUCCUUAAGCUGCAAUCUCUUUCCUA